GGCGGGCGGGCGCUCGCUGGCUAUCUCGUCCCCGGCUCGCGCGCGCUCCCUCUCACCGCCUGUGGGGAAGUCGGGGCCGCCCUAGCGGCUGCCGCCACCGCCUCGCCCCGACCUCCUCCCAGGUUCCCUUCUGGCUCAGUCCCUACCGCCCGCGCACCCCCGAGUAGUGAGUGACCCCGAGGAGGGUCCGGAGAGUCACCGCGGCAGCGCCGGGGGGUGUUUAAACCAUGUUAAGGAGGAUUUUGCAGAGGACUCCUGGGAGAGUUGGCUCUCAAGGUUCUGAUUUAGAUUCAUCAGCAGCUCCUAUAAACACAGUGGAUGUCAAUAAUGAAAGCUCCUCAGAGGGUUUCAUAUGUCCCCAGUGUAUGAAAUCUCUUGGAUCUGCUGAUGAACUUUUCAAACACUAUGAGGCAGUUCAUGAUGCUGGUAAUGAUUCAAGUCAGGGAGGAGAAGCACUUGCUCUGAAACGAGAUGACAUAACACUACUCAGACAAGAGGUCCAAGACCUACAGGCUUCACUUAAGGAAGAAAAAUGGUACUCAGAAGAAUUAAAGAAAGAAUUAGAAAAAUUUCAAGGACUGCAGCAGCAAGAGUUGAAACCUGAUGGAGUAGUGGCUGAUUCAUCAGCAGAACUACAGUCUUUGGAACAGCAAUUAGAAGAAGCCCAAACAGAAAAUUUUAAUAUUAAGCAAAUGAAAGACUUAUUUGAACAGAAAGCAGCCCAACUUGCCACUGAAAUUGCAGACAUAAAGUCAAAGUAUGAUGAAGAAAAGAGUCUUCGAGAAGCUGCUGAACAAAAAGUGACACAUCUAACAGAAGAAUUAAACAAAGAAGCAACUAUAAUUCAAGAUCUAAAGACUGAACUGCUUCAGAGACCUGGUAUAGAAGAUGUUGCUGUGCUCAAGAAAGAACUGGUCCAAGUGCAAACUCUAAUGGACAACAUGACCUUGGAACGUGAGAGAGAAUCUGAAAAACUCAAAGAUGAGUGCAAAAAGUUACAAGCAGAAUAUGUUAACUCAGAGGCCACGAUAAGCCAGCUGAGGAGUGAACUUGCCAAAGGCCCCCAGGAAGUUGCUGUAUAUGUGCAGGAACUACAAAAACUUAAAAGUUCAGUUAAUGAAUUAACACAAAAAAAUCAGAACUUGACUGAAAAGUUGCAGAAGAAAGAACUAGACUAUACUCAGUUAGAGGAGAAACAUAAUGAAGAAUGUGUGAGUAAGAAGAAUAUACAAGCAAGCCUUCACCAAAAAGACCUAGAUUGUCAACAGCUUCAGUCAAGGUUAUCUGCAUCUGAAACUUCACUGCAGAGAAUACAGGCAGAAUUGGGUGAAAAGGGAGAAGCUACUCAAAAGCUCAAAGAAGAAUUAUCAGAAGUGGAGACCAAGCACCAGCAUCUUAAGGCAGAGUUUAAACAGCUACAACAACAGAGAGAAGAGAAGGAGCAGCAUGGGUUACAACUCCAAAGUGAAAUUAAUCAGUUACAUAGCAAACUUCUGGAGACAGAGCGCCAACUAGGGGAAGCUCAUGGUAGGCUGAAAGAACAGAGACAGCUUUCAAGUGAAAAGUUGAUGGAUAAAGAACAACAAGUGGCUGAUCUACAACUCAAACUUUCUCGUUUAGAAGAAGAACUGAAGGAAAAAGUAGCAAAUUCCACAGAAUUGCAGCAUCAGUUAGAUAAAACAAAGCAACAGCAUCAAGAACAACAAGCUCUUCAGCAAAGCACUACAGCAAAACUUCGAGAAGCUCAGAAUGAUUUGGAACAAGUACUUCGUCAAAUUGGUGAUAAGGACCAAAAGAUCCAGAACCUUGAAGCCUUAUUACAGGAGAGUAAAGAAAAUAUUUCUUUCUUAGAAAAGGAAAGAGAAGAUCUUUAUGCAAAAAUUCAGGCUGGUGAAGGAGAGACUGCUGUUCUUAAUCAAUUGCAAGAAAAAAACCAUAUAUUACAGGAACAAGUAACUCAACUAAAGGCCCAGGAGAAUUUGCAUGACCAGGUGCAAGAGCAGAAGGCACUUCUUAGAGCUGCACAAGAUGUCCUCUCCCUAGAAGCCAGCAUCAAUGAAUUAAAUAAUCAAUUAAAUAAAAGAAAGGAGAAGGUCUCCCAGCUUGACAUACAGAUUAAAGCCAAAACUGAAUUAUUACUAUCAGCAGAAGCAGCAAAAACUGCUCAAAGAGCAGAUCUUCAAAAUCAUUUGGACACAGCUCAAAAUGCAUUACAAGAUAAACAGCAGGAGUUGAAUAAAGUCACUACUCAACUGGCUCAGGUCACUACACAUUUGCAGGAUAAGCAAGAAUAUGGCAGUCAGGUGAAAAGUCAUCUUAAAGAAUAUAAAGAGAAACAUCUCUCUUUAGAACAGAAAACUGAAGAAUUAGAAGGUCAAAUUAGGAAAUUGGAAGCUGAUUCACUUGAAGUUAAAGCAAGCAAGGAGCAAGCUUUGCAGGAUCUACAACAGCAAAGACAACUGAACACAGAUUUAGAGCUUAGAGCUACAGAAUUGAGUAAACAAGUUGAAGUGGAGAAAGAAACCAUAUCCAGUACAAAGUUGGAUCUACAGAAGAAAUCUGAAGCACUUGAAAAUAUUAAGCAAGUGCUUACCAAGCAAGAAGAAAAAAAAAAAUCCUUAAACAAGAAAAUAGAAAAUUUAAGUCAAAAUGCAAAAAUGCAGCAGGAAGAAUUGAAUAACAAAAUUCAAGCAGCAGUGACAGAACUACACAAAGUGAAGAUGGAGAAAGAAACUCUAGUAACAGAGCUUUCUGGAGCAAAAGAGGAAUUAUCAAAAGUUUCUGAUUCUUUGAAGAACUCCAGAAGUGAAUUUGAAAAGGAAAGUCAGAAGGGAAAAGCUGCUAUAUUAGAUAUGGAGAAAACCUGCAAAGAUUUAAAGCAUCACCUUGAAGUACAGAUAGAAUGCGCACAUAAGGAACAGAAUGAACUGAAAAACUCACUUGAAAAAGAGGAGCUAAGUUCUCAUCAGUUGAAAUUGGAGUGCAAUUCAAUGCAGGGACAACUAAUGCAGGCCCAGAAGAGUUUAAAACAAAAGGAAAAAGAAGAACAACGACUUCAGGGUAACAGAAAUGAGUUAAAGCAACUGACUGAACAGAAGAAAAAGCAAAUUGAAGCACUCCAAGGAGAGAUUAAAAGACUGGAUUUUGGUAUGCAUGCUGUUUUAAAUAACUAUUGUAUGUUUCAGACAGAACUUGAGAAUAAACUACAGCAGCAGUCAACACAAGCAGCACAGGAACUUGCAGCAGAGAAAGAGAAAAUAUCAGUGUUACAAAAUGCCUAUGAAAAAAAUCAGGAAAAUCUAAAGCAGCUUCAGUCUGAUUUCUAUGGGAAGGAAUCUGAACUUCUUGCCACAAGGCAAGAUCUCAAGUCUGUGAAAGAGACGCUUUCUCUAGCAUAGGAGGGCUUGAUUUCAAACAGGAAUCAAAUUGGAAACCAAAAUAAACUGAUUCGAGAACUGAAGACUGCCAGGACUUCUUUGGAGCAAGAUUCAGCCAAGAAAGAAGAGCAGUUGAAGGAGCAGUAGAAACCACUACAAGAUGUUCAGAAAGAAAAGGACACAGGAACAAGAGAAGUCACUGAAAAAGAACUAGUAAAUGAAAAAUCUAAAUUGGCAGAGAUUGAGGAAAUUAAAUGUGGACAAGAAAAAUAAAUUGCUAAAUUGAGUGAAGAACCUAAGUCUCACAAGCAAGAAAGCAUAAAGGAGGUAACAAAUCUCAAGGAUGCCAGACAGCUUCUGAUUCAACAGAAAUUAGAGCUUCAAGGGAAAGUAGAUUCCCUGAAGGCAACCCUUGAACAAGAGAAGAAAAACCAGCAAAUGUUAAAAGAGCAGAUGAAAAAGGAAGAAGAUGAGCUGAAGAGAGAAUUUAUGGAGAAGGAAACUAAACUGCAUUCUGAAAUAAAAGAAAAAGCAGCAGCAGUGCAGAAGCAUGAGGAAAACGAGGCGAAACGUACCAUGCAGAUGACCGCAUUAAACGAAAACCUGGGCACGGUCAAGAAGGAGUGGCAGUCCAGCCAGCGGCGCGUCAGUGAGCUCGAGAAGCAGAGGGACGCGGAGCUUACGGGGGAAAUCGCAGUGCUGGAAGCCACCGUUCAGAAUAAUCAAGAUGAAAGAAGGGCACUACUAGAAAGGUGUCUUAAAGGAGAAGGUGAAAUAGAAAAGCUUCAAACCAAAGUACUAGAGUUGCAAAGAAAGCUGGAUAAUACAACUGCAGCAGUGCAGGAGCUGGGCAGAGAGAAUCAGUCCCUUCAGAUCAAGCAUACACAAGCACUGAACAGAAAGUGGGCCGAAGACAAUGAAGUGCAGAACUGCAUGGCCUGUGGGAAAGGCUUCUCAGUCACAGUGCGACGGCAUCACUGCAGACAAUGUGGAAAUAUCUUCUGUGCUGAGUGUUCAGCCAAAAAUGCCUUAACUCCUUCUUCUAAGAAGCCUGUUCGUGUCUGUGAUUCAUGUUUCAAUGACUUGCAAGGAUAAUGGGUUGUCACAACGUCAGAGUAAUACUACGCUAGCAUUAGGUUUUUAAUAAAUGCACUUCACAGAGGUCUUGGACUACUACUCUUUGAUUUGGACAGUGGUUGCAAUACUAAACCAAAUUAGAAUUCGUAUAUUUUGGAAUGUUAUCAAGUAAAACUCUUCUAUUUUUGUGAGACUUGGGCUCAUCUUUCAUUACUUUUUUCCGUUUCACCCUGGAACAGGUUACAUGCCAAGUUUAGAAUUAGCCAAUGAAAUGUAAAUAAACUUUGGAUGGAGAAUAGCAAUGUAUUUUUUUAAAUAUAAUUUCAUUAUUCACAAAUGACACAAAUACAUGUCCAUAGCUUACUUCUCCCAAAUUUAGUGUACAGAAAGGUACAUGGGUGAUGUUACCAUAUCAUAUAUGCUGCACAGUGACACAUUUUCUUCGUGAAGUCUUGCAUAGAACUAUAAAGCUUUCUUUUUUCUUAGCUAUAGGUUCACAGCUCAGUGACAUUACUGUUAUAUUAUAAAUUUACUGCUCAAGUGUUCUACAUAUACAGAUUAUGUUGAAAUAGGUAUCAACCAUGAAUUUAAACAUGGUUUUAACAAUAUUGAUUCAAUUCCUUUGGGUGGACUUUACAUCACCUCUGUAAAAUUAUUUUAUGGUUAUCCUUGGGUUGACUGUUUGAAAGGUUAGAGUUAACUUUUCCUUUUCUAUCUCAUUUUUAAACUCCCACAUAUUCUUCACUAAGAAUCCUACAAAACUUCCUACCCUUAUCCCCACUUGGAAGGUGAAUAACAGAAGUUGUAUAAUGGUCUCAUUCUCUGUUUAAGAGGAAAGUCUUCUGAGAUUACCCUCAUAUUAUACCCUCAUUCUCUCUCCAGAAUCUGAAUUUGCUUUUUUAAUGGAUCUUCUUUUUUCAAGGUAAUUUUGUUUAACUUUCUCAAGUAUAGCUCAGUUUCACUGUAAUUGCUUUUAUAAUUUUGCAUUUUAAAGCUAGUAACUGAUACUGCUAUAGUUUCAUCUGUAAAAACAAAUACAAGGAGACAUUAAACACACUGCUUUAUAUUUUCUUCUUACCUAAAAGGGAAGAAUUUUUUAAAGUUGUGAAUGUGACUUAAAUAUUAAAAGGUUCUGAAUUUGAGAUUUCCUAACUGUAAAUCUGUUUACUUUGCAAAAAUAAUGCUAUGAAAUAACAGUUGGGUAACAGAGUAUCACCAAAACCAAAUUAUUUAGAAACUCCAAAAUUGGCACACAUCUGGGGAAAAGUCACAAUAUUGCUUUCUCUUUCUAGAGAAGACAUACAAAGUUACAUACUUAUUCAGUGCAAUCAUUUGUUAAUAGUGGGAAAAGAUGGGAGCUAAUAUUUCAUUUACAGUAGUUUACUGUGUUUUCACUUGCUUUCAAAUAUCAUGCUGAAAUUAUCAUGUUUAUACUCUACCUAUAACAUACACUAACUAAAAAAGAUUGCCAUAUAUUCACUUAAUUACUUAAAAAAACUGUUUAAGGAAACUCUGUUUAGCUACUAAAAACCCUGAUUGAGUCCCUGGACUUCGAUAAACAUGUAUCUUUGAGCAUUACAGAAUGAAGACAUAACAAUGGAUCUUUAUUAAAAGUAAUAGCUGGAGAAUAGAAAUUGAGCUAAAUUUAUGCAUUUCAUAUAUAAAUUAUUUCGAAUUGUCUUAAUUGUACACUUCUACAUAUAAGUAACUUAAGUAUGGUGGAAAAACAGAUGUUCACAGCACCAUUUUUUUUUUUCCAAUAAUGAAACUUCAGGAGAAUUCUUCUGGAUUAGAAUAUUUAUUCACUUCAUCUCCUAAUGGGGUGUAGUGAAGGCCUUUUCCCUAUCUUGUCCCCUGCCUACAUUUUCAUAAAAAAAUCCUGGGGGGUCAACAAAACCCAGUGUGUUCGAGUGAUUCUCUGCUUUUUAUCCAGCUAAUAAGCUCAUUUCAAUGGCCCCCAUCAGGCUGCUAUAUUUUAAUAAGAAAUGAAAUCUAUUAUUUUGCUAUUAAUUCACCAAUUCAAGGCAUUGUGGAAACAAAAAGGGUUUUUUUUUUUAAAUUAAAAAGUCAUCUUCUGAAUGUUUAUUGGUUCUGCUGGUACUAUCUGUCAGUAGUUUAGAGUUGGCAUGUAUGGAGUCUCAGCUCUAAAGCAAAGCACACUGGCAUCCCAUGUGAGUAAAUUCUAAACUCCAGCACAGAAAUGUGGGUUAAAAUCAAGUCUUGCUAGGUUAGUGUACAAUAAGCUAUACCUGCAGAAAUUUUUGGCAGAAAGAAUACAAAGCUGCUGGUAUAGGAUUUGUUUAUUUUGGAGAAAAAUGAGGGAAACAAACAGAAAAACCUCAAUGCAGUGCAUAAUUUUGUUCAACUACCUCUUAAUGCAGAAUUAGCUAGUUUGUUUCCUCACAGUAAUGUUAAAUAGUAACUGCCAAAUUUGUUAAUUCCCCAUCUCUUGAAAAGGCUUUAUGAUUAUUUUAUAGUUUUGGUAACUUUAAACCACUCUUUUUUUUAACCAUGCAUUUGCUUAAAAAUGUUUAGCUUUUAAGUGGAGAGCAAAUUAUGAUCAUAUAUUUUGAUAUUCAUGAUUAGAACAGUUUUUUUUUAAUGCACUUUGGCUGAAAUCAUGGAUGAUUUGAUCUGUAAGAUUUAAAUGUGCCAUCAAUUCCGUAUUCUCAGACAUGAGCUUGAUGAAUGGUAUUUUGUAAUUAUAUAAUGUGCCACACAUUAUUGUCUUAAUUGCCCUUUGCCUGAAUUUUAAUGAUCAAUGUUAUUGUUGCAGAUGUGAAUAUUGUGCAUAAACUUACUAAAUUUAUGUAAAACUGUGUAAAAUAGAAUUGGAAAUAGCUAAGUUCUGUGUGGAAGGAAUGAAUUUAUUGUGACAUGACGCAGUAUGUAUAGCACAUUCUGUCCUUCCUGAACUGGACCACAUAGUCAUAGCUUCUGUAGAUACUUUUGCAUGACUAUUUUCUCAUUUAGCUUUUGGACGCCUUGUUUGUAUGGUGUUUACUACUUGUGAUCAUGUAGUUGUGCCUUAUUUGUGAGAGAGUUUAGCUCAGUCAACACUGUGGUUUCUAAACUCAGUGAGUGGAAGGUUAUUGAUUAUAAAUGUAACUGAUACAUUGCAUAACAUUGACAUCUGUAUAAAGAACAAUGGCAGGAUCCUUAUUGAAUUGCUGCUUUUUUUUUUUUUUUAGUAUGUUAAAGAUGACAUUAAAAUCACUUCUUUCUAGUAGAUA